GCCUCUCUCUUUCUCUCAUUCACCUUACUUCUCUCAAGGAAGAGGAACAAGCAUACUUAUUAACGUGGCCGCGUCGCCACCAUGCGCUCUGUCGCCUUCACUAUUGCUGUCAGACAUGAGCUCUACUAGUGAGACGACGCGGGACAUCAUGACCGAUGCCUUCGUCGUCUCAUCCUCGUUCUCCUCCGCAGCAACAGCAGCAACAAGCAACGCCCGCGUCAUCGGUAGCAGACAACCGCCUCGGCCUCUCCGCUCAAGAUGUCGCCGCCCUCCGCCAACACCAACAGCUCGCUCACGCGCAAGCUCGAAGCCCAGCGGGCAGCGCAGCUUCCAGUCAAGGGAGACUGCUCCUCGACCCGGGCAGUCUCCAAUUACUAUCGCGGCACUUCGAUCGGGUAAUGCAAGCUAUUCAGCAGCGAUUAGAACAGCUCAACCAAGCCACCGAACGAGCAACGCAAGCGCAAUACGACCGAUCCGGCAACGCCAUCCAAAUGGCCGAUAACGAAAUCGCGCGCUUCCGAGCUAUCCUCCAACAAAUCGACGAGCUGGAGAAUGAGUUUGAAAAGAUCAAAAGAAUCAGAGAGAUCGUUCGCGGGUUUCGUGCUCGUGUAGAACAUAUGGAGAGGAGAUUGGGAUAGUUUUGCUGCUGUGCUACUACUAUUUGCGUGAGGGAGGAUGGAUUGAAUUAAUAUGGCGUUGGAAGUAUAAGAUUUGGAAGCCUCACGGCGCGUACUGUGUGUGGAUACCCUUUCUGCGGUUUUUUGGGAA